CACGCGCAGCGGCGAGAAGCAACAGCAGCAGCAGCAGCGCGCGCCUCAACGCCUCGCGCCGACACACAGACUGUUUGUACCGAUCACCCACGGACACGCCGCGGCCCGGACAGGACUACGCCGCCGCGGGAGCCUCGUGGAGCCGCGUGGAGCCUCGUGGAGCCUCGUGGAGCCGCGUGGAGCCGCGUGGGGCCGUGCGGAGAGGAGACCGUCCGCUUCUUCCGCGUCUCCGCUCCGCCGCGCCGCGCCGCCGCUGGGCGUUCGUUGUGCCGACGCUGGAAAUGGACAAACCGCUGUGAAGCCGCGCGCGUGAUUCUUCGUCCACUGCAGAGCUGGUGGAUGAUGCUUCAGUGAGGACUUCAUUUCCCACGAUCCUUCACUGUUCUCGUUUGGAAUCUUCAGUAAACUCUUCUCUGAUUGGACGUUAUAUUCACGGUAACCAUGGCAAACAAUACGGCGGACCACGCCCCCCAGAACUCGACCAAUGAGGCGCAGGACGGCGACUUCGGCAUCACCACGGCCGAACUGCGCGGCCUGAUGGAGCUGAGGAGCCACGAGGCCUGCAACAAGAUCAGAGACACGUACGGAGACGUCCAGAACAUCUGCAAGAGGCUCAAGACCUCUCCCAUAGAAGGUAUCUCAGGAAACCCCGUGGAUCUGGAAAAGCGUCACGCGGCUUUCGGGAAAAACUUCAUUCCUCCGAAGAAGCCGAAGACGUUCCUGCAGCUGGUGUGGGAGGCGCUGCAGGACGUCACCCUCAUCAUCCUGGAGAUCGCAGCCAUCAUCUCCCUCGGACUGUCCUUCUACCACCCACCAGGGGGCGACAGCGAGGCGUGCGGUCAGGCGGCGGCGGGCGCUGAGGACGAGGGCGAGGCCCAGGCGGGCUGGAUCGAGGGCGCGGCCAUCCUGUUCUCGGUGAUCAUCGUGGUGCUGGUGACGGCGUUCAACGACUGGUCCAAGGAGAAGCAGUUCCGCGGGCUUCAGUCGCGCAUCGAGCAGGAGCAGAAGUUCACCGUGAUCCGGAAGGGGCAGGUCAUCCAGGUCCCCGUCGCCGAGAUCGUGGUGGGAGACAUCGCCCAGAUCAAGUACGGGGACCUCCUGCCCGCUGAUGGGAUCCUGAUUCAGGGAAACGACCUGAAGAUCGAUGAGAGUUCUCUGACCGGAGAGAGUGACCAGGUCCGGAAGAGUCUGGAGAAGGACCCCAUGCUCCUGUCAGGCACUCACGUGAUGGAGGGCUCUGGGCGGAUGGUGGUCUCGGCCGUGGGGCUGAACUCUCAGACCGGAAUCAUCUUCACGCUGCUGGGAGCGAGCGAGAACGACGAGGAGAAGAAGGUCAAGAAAAGUAAAAAACCCGGACCCCCCGAAAAUCGCAACAAAGCUCCUACGAAGGACGGCAUCGCUCUGGAGAUCCAGCCUCUGAAGAGCGAGGAGGCGGGCGAGGCGGGCGAGGCGGGCGAGGUCGAGGAGAAGGAGGAGGCCAAACCCGUCAAGAAGGUCAACGUCACCAAGAAGGAGAAGUCCGUGCUCCAGGGCAAACUCACCAGGCUCGCCGUGCAGAUCGGGAAAGCCGGUCUGAUCAUGUCGGCCGUUACCGUGGUGAUCUUGAUCCUGUACUUUGUGAUUGACACGUUCGGGGUUCAGGGGCGGAGCUGGGUGGCAGAGUGCACGCCCAUCUACAUCCAGUACUUCGUCAAGUUCUUCAUCAUCGGCGUCACCGUCCUCGUGGUCGCCGUGCCGGAAGGGCUGCCCCUGGCGGUCACCAUCAGCCUCGCCUACUCCGUCAAGAACGACAAGGGCGAGGUGGAGCAGGAGCGUCUGGACAAAGUUUGGCCCAAACUCCGGGUUCUGGCUCGAUCGUCGCCCACAGACAAACACACACUGGUCAAAGGUAUUAUUGACAGUACUGUGGGGGAGACUCGUCAGGUCGUCGCUGUGACCGGAGACGGAACCAACGAUGGACCAGCCCUGAAGAAGGCCGACGUCGGCUUCGCCAUGGGCAUCGCGGGCACAGACGUGGCGAAGGAGGCGUCUGACAUCAUCCUGACGGACGAUAACUUCACGAGCAUCGUCAAAGCCGUGAUGUGGGGACGCAACGUCUACGACUCCAUCUCCAAGUUCCUCCAGUUCCAGCUCACCGUCAACGUGGUCGCCGUCAUCGUGGCCUUCACCGGCGCCUGCAUCACCCAGGACUCUCCUCUGAAGGCCGUGCAGAUGUUGUGGGUGAACCUGAUCAUGGACACUUUAGCCUCGUUGGCGUUGGCCACGGAGCCGCCCACGGAGUCGCUGUUGCUACGGAAACCGUACGGCCGCGACAAACCGCUCAUCUCCAGAACCAUGAUGAAGAACAUCCUCGGCCACGCGGUCUACCAGCUCGUCAUCAUCUUCACCCUGCUGUUCGCCGGAGAGAAGUUCUUCGACAUCGACUCGGGCCGUAACGCGCCGCUCCACUCGCCGCCGUCCGAACACUACACCAUCGUCUUCAACGUGUUCGUCAUGAUGCAGCUCUUCAACGAGAUCAACGCCAGAAAGAUCCACGGCGAGAGGAACGUGUUCGAGGGCGUCUACAGGAACCCCAUCUUCUGCUCCGUGGUGCUCGGGACCUUCGCCCUGCAGAUCAUCAUCGUGCAGUUCGGGGGUAAACCGUUCUCCUGCACGGCUCUGACCAUCGACCAGUGGCUCUGGUGUGUUUUUAUUGGAGUCGGAGAACUGCUCUGGGGACAGCUGGUGACCUCGAUCCCGACGCACCACCUGAAGUUCCUGAAGGAGGCGGGACACGGCAUCACCAAGGAGGAGAUCCACGAGGAGGAGCUGACGGAGGGCGCCGACGAGAUCGACCACGCCGAGAUGGAGCUGCGGCGAGGCCAGAUCCUGUGGUUCAGAGGACUCAACCGGAUCCAGACUCAGAUUAAGGUGGUGAAGGCCUUCCGGUCGUCUCUUUACGCUGGUCUGGAAAGUCCCGAGUCCCGCAGCUCCAUCCACUCGUUCAUGUCCCACCCAGAGUUCGUCCCCAUGUCCGAGGAGGAGUCCAGAGUCCCACCUGUGAUCGAGGAGACCGGGGACGAGAUCCAGGCCUGCCCCGAGACCGGACCCGAGACCGGACCCGAGACCGGACCAGAGACCGGACCAGAGACCAGCUGAAGACCCGACCACAGACCAGAGACUACAGACCACAGACCAGACUACAGACCAGACCAGAGACCA